GAGAGAGAGAGAGAGAGAGAGAGAGAGAGGAGUUCUGGUCUUCCCUGCUUCCACAUCCAUCAAGACUCAACAACUGAAGUCAGAGGGGAGGAAAUCACGAGAGGCCGUGCGCGCGUUGCUCCUCGGUUUUCGCGUGGUUGAGCGGGAUUACACCGUGCAGUGCGAGCUCGCAAGCAGACGGAUGUACCGACGGACGCCUGCCCUAAAGUUGGAUACCGAAAACUGAGAGCAACGUUUAUCUCCAGUAUCUCGCAGGAGGAAACUGAGGCGCCAAACUGCGUUUGGAGCACCAUGAAGCUCCCGUGCUGGAUAACACUGGCGCUUCUGCUAGCGCAGACCGCACUGGCUCAGCGGCGCAAAUCACGACCGGUUGACGAGGAUAGUUCUGGAGAUGAGCCGUAUGAUGACGAAGACUUCUUCUCUGGUUCUGGAUCUGGCUUUCCAGAUAUAGAUGUUAGUCCGACCGGAGCAGGUGUGUCUGUCACUACAGAGGAGCCCCUCCCACUUUCCACGACACAGGCCACUGGCCCCGCCCCCUCUGCCUCCCCAGCUGCGGAGCCCAGUAGGCCACCACCACCUGAGGUAGAACGAGAAAGCGGAAUGGGACAAGAAGUAGACAGGGAAGUGGAGAUUCAGAAAAAGUGGGAGGAAGAAAUGCAGAGGCCGAAUGAGCAGGAUGAAGUAUCUGAGAAAGGAGAAUGGGAAGAAAAGUCAAAGGCUACAGUCGCACCUCGGCUUACUGAAGUUCCCAUGGUGGCCAUGGACUCAACCACAAUUCUGGAUGAGAUUACAGUGGCUCCUAGUGAAUGGGAGGAGCCCAGCAACUCAGAAAAAGAUGAUUUGUUCAUUACUACAGAAAUUACCAUAUUUGAGCCAUCCAGCACUACGCAAAUGACAGAUGACAUCACAACCAUCGAGGUGCUACCCACCACUGUUGCGUCAACCACAGCUAAGCCCACCAGACCCGUCCCGACCACUCCUAGCACCUCUCCCCCACGACCCCGGCAACCACAGACCACCCCCAGUAGAGCCACCCCGACCGAGAGCAGCACAAAUACAGUGAUGAGCUCAACAGUACAGACACAAACACCAUAUGAGACUGUAAAUAAUGAAGUCGCUGGAGCAGGUCCAAGUGGUGAUUUUGAAAUCCGAGAGGAUGAAGUUCGCCAAGGCAACGAGGUCAGUCGAGGCAAAGCGGCCCCGGGCGUACCAGCAGAGCCCGAUUUGACUGGCAACUCCAUAGAUGCAGCUGGAAGCUCAGCUGCUCAGCUUCCACAGAAAAACAUUCUUGAGCGGAAAGAAGUUUUGAUAGCGGUGAUUGUUGGAGGUGUAGUGGGAGCGCUAUUCGCCGCCUUCCUCGUCAUGCUACUCGUCUAUCGAAUGAAAAAGAAAGACGAAGGCAGCUACACACUGGAGGAGCCCAAACAAGCCACAGUCACCUACCAGAAGCCCGACAAGCAGGAAGAAUUCUAUGCCUAACACAUUUAUUCUCCCCCAAUUGUCCAACCUUUUGCCAUCUCUAUCUGACCCUUCCCCCAACCCCCCCGCCCCUCGUCGUCUCUUCCUUUCCUUUGAUCCCAUUCUGCCCUCGUUUCUCAUGAGAGUGCCUCUCAUUCCACGGACUUGGAACUUUCUUUUCCAAAAAAAAAACUGAAAAAGAUCAACGUAGAAAAAAAUGAAGGGGCUGUGGGCGGGGCUAUUGGCGGCGGUGGGACGAAUCUACACAAAGAAAACACUUUUUUAAGAACGUUAUUGUUGAUAUGUUUAGGAUUGUUGUUCUAUGAAAUUAAGACCUGAAUCUUUUUUUUUGCAAAGUCACUGCAUUUCAAAUGUGUUUCUGCACAAUAUUUCUCUUGGACAGAAAAUAUGGGAAUAAAAAUAAUAAAAAAACAGCAUGAAAAUAUGAGGUGGUGAAAAUAACCGAGAGGGGGUCAUUGAGAGAUCGUACAGGUCAGGCGGGAGGGAAAAUAAGAGUUUAGAAGCAGCAGGAGAAGCUCUUCUGUCACCAAGGUCAGUGAUCCAACGUGGUUUGGUGCCUUCCAUUUCCCUGGUGCUAGAAACUGAGCUUGAGCAGAGAGUGACGUGUGUGAGUGUGUGUGCUCAUGCGUAUGUGUGUUUUGUAUGUCUAAGGUGCCCCUUGUGACCUAGACGCGCACACAUACGCAGAUGCACACGCAGCCUGACUCCCUCUGCUGGCGAGAGCGUGCAGGCCCUGAUGUCUGUUGUGUUUGGUGCAAGGGAGCCUGAAACAUGUACAACGUAGACCACAGCACACAAAACACUGCAGAUUUGCUGUGAAGGGGGCGCAUGCAUAGAAUCGGAGGACUAGCCUCUCCUCUGCUCUGUAUAAAGAUUUUAGUAAUCGAUAGUAAUUAUCAAUAAUAUAUCAGCAGCUCUGAAUGGAAGGAAAACGGUGAUCAUAAUAUUCGUAGUGAAGAAUAUUAUCUAUUUAGCUGUGUGGUAAGGUUUUUAUCGGUGUAAAUAUCAACUUCACUUUUGGUUAUAUCAUACUUUUAACUAUGCUAUUGUACUAAAAAGUAAACACGCUAUUUGAUGUCCACCCAAACACAAAUGCAGUGCUAUUGAAAUCUACAUUAAAGUUUUUUGUAACCUUGUGAACCAUUUUUGUCAGUACAUUCCAGAGAGGUUAUAUCAGCCAAGAGGAGUACAUGCUGUAUUGUUUUGGUAUUUAAAACUGAUUAGGUUGGUCUCUGGUUUUCGUUUUGAGAGCACAUACUCACAAGGUUAAUACUGCCCACUGUCAAAAUACACUCGAAUACAGAUUUGCACAUUUUCACUGAAACAUCCACACACACACACACCACAAUUCUGUUAUUUGUGAGUUCUAUAGAUCGUUCAGACAUAAAAGUGCUGAUAAGAUUGUUAGAUAGGGUUUGUGUUGAUAGAAUGGGAGGGGGAGCUGGAAGAUUAUCCCAGAUUCAAGUUAAACAUUAACUUAAUGGUACAGGCAAAAUUUUGUGUGUCUAACAUAAAACUAUCUGAGCCGAGAGCCUUUAAUGAAGCAAGAAGUAGCGUGAAAUCAGUGGACAAAAUUUAAUGGUUUUGUAUUCUUUAUUACGUUUUUGUUGAAAUAUUAUUUCAGUUUGUGAUGCAUCCAAUUCAUCGAAAACGACAAAAAAAAUGCAUGAAUUAGCAAUAACAAGCUAUCAACAACAGAAUGCUCACGUUGUCGCGUGACACUGUGGUUGACAUGCUCAGAAUGUAUGCGUGAUGUCAGUGGUGCUCGCAGCUGAAGCACAUGAUGUUCAAUGAUGAAAUUGUGAAACCUGUCUAACCACAUAUCAUUAAAUAUGUGUACAUUAUUGUAGAAUCGAAGGCUAGACAACACGCCCAUUUAAAACAUAUCGCAAAGCUGAGGGCGAAACCAUUAAUGCACUGGAACAUGUCAUCAAAUAACUCAAAAGAUUUUUUUAUGUGAGAAACACACCCACCAUAUUCAAACAGCUGCGUGCGUAGUAGAGCACAAAGACUCCACACUGUUUUCUUUGAUUCCUUUUAGGGGGUUUGGGAACAUCUGAGAUGAGGUUGCAUCUAUAUGGGGUGGAUGUGCUUCAAUCUAAGAUUGUAUUGUCACACCUGUGCAACUGUACCUGUAGUUUUAAUAUUGUAUUCUGAACUGUAUGCUCAUGUCUUUACAGUGUGAAAGAGUGUGUACUGUAUGCUUGAGUAUUUGCUUGAAUCUUCCCUCCCCUGUACCUCUUCCAUAGGCUACUGUCAUCUUCCCACACUAAAAAUACUAUAGUACAAUAUUGCACAAACUCGUAAUAACAUUCUUUUUUUAUCUAGCAUCACUGUCUGGGUCUUCUAAAUAGGACCUAGGGGAAUUUCUGACCUGUUACCGCACACCUAUGCUUGAAUUAUAGCAAAACUGAGAAACACUUUUCCUGUCUUAAAAUGCUCAAGUUUUCUCUAUUCUCAGUUGUGUCUAAGCCCUUAACAGUCACAGCAAAAUGCUAACACCUCAGCCAUCAUUUGUUUUAUUAUUGAAAAUUGUCCGGAUUAAUGGAAAUUAAUAACGCAAAACAACUGCAAGCCUACAAUUAGUGUGUACAUUUCAGGUUUUAAGACAUGAUGAUUGUUUAACAAGAUUUUUUUUGUAUAAAAUUUGACAAAAAUAGGCUUUUUCAAGCUGUUAUUGGUGCUGGUGGAUACAUUUUGAUCGCUAUUUUCGAAGCUUUUAAACCCAAUUCUCCUGCGAUCCAGCCGUUACAUGUGACUAUCACACGCCCGACAUCCCAACAAACGGGCACCUGUUAAAUUUUUGGAGGUCACCGUGUUAACAUCGUGGAUGUUAGUGAGACAUUUGAGUUUGCUUUGCCGUCUUUUUUACUCAUUUUUACCUGUAAUCUGCCACUCUUUUUAUUCAUAGCCAAAUAUGAGGCGGGCCUUCCUGUGUCUGUGUGCCAAUCACAGACCAGCGCGGUCCUGGUCUAAUGGUCGCCCAGCGUGGUUUCAUGCACAUUUUUUAAGAACUUAUGUUUUUUUCAUUGUUUGAUUUGUGUAUAAAGAGACAAAGUUCUGUCACUAAUAUGCCACUCUAUUCUAAAUAAAAACCUGGUUGGUUA